AUGAAUAUGAACAGAUGUUCGGCUUUUGAAAUAUUGCCGGAUGAAAUCUUAUUAAACGUCUAUGAAUAUCUUCACCAUAUCGAUAUUGUUUAUUCAUUUUUCAAUCUCAAUACUCGUCUCAAUAGGAUCAUAAACGAGUUUUGUGAUAAUUUCAAUUUCAAUACAGCAACACAUAAACAAUUCAAUUAUAUUUUAUCGAAUAUCGGUUCAAAUAUCCGCUCGAUGGUAAUCAAUGGAAAUUGGUUAAGUUUUCUAGCAAAAUCCGAUGCAAAUUUAUCCUUAAUAUUUCCAAAUCUACAGAUAUUAACAUUGGAAUAUUUUACUGGUGAACAACUAUGUACAUAUUUCGAAAAUGUGCAAACUCCGAAACUUGUUAAACUUAAUAUAAAAUGUCUUCUGGAACAACGGCAAGAUGAAAUACUUGAACAAAUUUUGUCUCGCAAUCAGCAACUGAAAUUCAUAAGAUUUGAUCAAGGUUCAAUUUUCUUACCUUUGCGUAUAACCAACACAACAUUAUUCUAUGAAAAUAUUCAAGAAUUGAUCGUUAAUUUAAUUGAUCUUGAGAUGUUAGCAGAUCUAUUCACAUUUUUACCGAAUCUACGUCGCCUACAUAUCAAUAUUGGACAGUCACCAUUUGUAUCAACAGGAAAUUUAGCGAAUGUCUCACCAUUGGUUCAUCUAAAGGAUUUUAAACUAUGUUCGAUUGGAAUGUCUUGGGCAUUCGAAGAAAUUACUGAUAUUUUAUGUAAAAUGCCAUCAUUACAAAAACUAACGUUGCUUUUAAGUACAACCGAUCAUCGCCUUGUGAAUAAAAAAAAUCUCUCGUGA